AUGGGUGUAAAGGGUCUGUGGAAAUUGUUGGAGGAGUGCCAUACGGCAGAUACACCAAAGAACCAGCGGCUAGCAAUAGAUGCAAGCAUAUGGCUAUACAAAUAUAAAAAUGUACCUCAAACGAACGUAAUAUACAGCUUUGUCAAGCGCGUAGUAGGCCUUUUGUAUCACCAAAACACACUAUUUUUUGUGUUUGACAGCAAGGCACCUGUUGAGAAGAUCAAAACAAUUGCCAAAAGAAACGAGAUGCGGCUGAGAAACGAACUAAAAGCCCAUUUUGAUAAAAUUAGGAACAAUAAAGUGUGUACAGUGUGUAAAAUUCUAUAUAAAAACUGUGAGCAUGGACGGGAAGUGAAUAUGGAAGAACUAAAAGAGAUCGAAGAUGUUGUGAGCUAUAAGCUGAGAAAUCAUGACUAUAAUUGGGGAGAAGAUGCGAUUGAUGCAGGGGAUGAAGAAACAAUAGAGCUAGACACAGCACACAAUUAUUACAACGAGUGGAGCCGUGUAAACAUGGACUAUAAUGAAUUGUUCUGCGAAGAGAAGGACGAUUUUUUGCCAAAGAAUUUUGAUAGUCUAUCAAAAGUCAGGAAGUUGAAAAUUUUGGAUGAGCUCAGAGAAGCAAAUGCAUUCAAAUCGUGUGGGUUUCGCGGAAUGAGGGGAAAAGAAUUUUCUGAAUACCAAUUAAAGAAAAUUGAGAGGGCGUACACAAUCACCAACCUGAUCAACGAAGUGUCUAACACGAAGAACAAGCGGAUAAUGGGAGACUGUCGGUCGUACUACGAGUUAAAUUAUGAUAAUGAAACGGCUAAGAAACUUAAAAAAGAAGAAAAUGAUGAUUUGAGCCUCUUUCAGGUUAACGAAAAGAUAGAACCGAAAAAAACUGAUAACAAUCUUACAAGCGAUAAAAUUACAGGCGAAGAUGGAUUUUUAACUGAGUUAAAUUCAAUUUUUAGCGAAAAUAAGGAGACAAACAGUGGAAAUGAUGUUCAUGUUGUAACGAAUUGCAAUACGAACCGAAUACAGGGGUCAUAUGAUCUUAGAAACGCUGGAAAUAGUGAAAAAGAAACAAAUUAUGAAACGAAAAGCCUUUCAUCUAAGAAUAUCCAGAAUAUGAUACAGUCUAUCAGAGAGACUAAAACGAAUCCGAACAAUAGUCCAUUAAUGGCUGGAAACUCAACAUCACACAAGGAUAAGCAAUUAGAAACACUGAACAAUCAGAUUGAAGAGAAGGAUAAAGCAGCAACCAAUCUGCAAGCUGACCCAAAUAUAAACACAAAGGAUAAAGCAGGCCUUGACAUAGAGUGUAAAAUAGAUAGCACAAGCACAAUACGUGGUGAACCUGCUACUGCCUUGAACAACCAUUUGGUGAUAGUGCCGGAAGAAAAUAGUGAGGAAAAAGUUACUGUCCUCGAGGAAGGGUUGAGCAGUGAAAUAGAGGAAUGUGUGCGCCACCGGAUUCAAUCACUUGAAAAAAAAAUACAAAUGAAGAGCAUGAACUUGAUGAAUGAGUUGCAAGGUAUAACAGUCCUAUUGAAAAAGAUUUUAAAUAUUUUGGGUGUCUCCUAUAUUGAUGCACCGUACGAAUCCGAUUCACAGCUGGGCUACUUCAACAACGAAUGCGCAUCAGAACGGAGUACUCGAGAAAGCACUUCCAAAACGGAAGAAAGAUAUUCAUAUCUAGGUAACAACCAAGUAUUUAACGAAAAAAUUUACAAUUUAAAGGUUGAUGCAGUCAUUACGGAAGACAAUGAUGUAUUUCUAUUUGGUGCUAGCAGGAUUUAUAAAGACUAUUUUAGAGGCCCAAAGUUGUAUACCAUGCAGAAUAUUAAAAACAAACUGAACUUGGAAAGAGAAGAUUUGAUCAAACUGAGUGUAUUUAUGGGAAAUGACUACACCGUGGGAAUUCGAGGAAUUGGUCCAAAGAAGGCUUUAGAAAUACUAAAAUGCGAAAGCAAGACGAGUUAUGAUCAAAGAAUUUUUAAUUUGGAGUACGCCAAAGUGAGAAACGUAUAUUACAAGUCUGUUGUAGAUAAGGGUCCGUUAAAACUGAAGAAUUCGCGUAAACUCGGUGAAAUUAGGAAGUUUUUAGCUGAGAAUUUUCUAAACGACAAGCAAAUUAAUGAGAUUAUUUUCUAUUUAUGCAAGAUAAGAUCUCAAAAAUAGCCCACAUCUACAGUAUUUACUUAUAAUGGUGGUGCAAAACCACAUUUUCAAACUGGAUUGAGCACCGUUUUUAUUGCUGCUUAAGAUACUGUGGAAAAUGCCAAAUAAUACACGGAAUUCGGCGUAUAACUUCGGUUUUAGUGAAAGAAUCAUUUACAUUGCGUAUAAAACGUGCUGCCAGGCUUUGCUCCACAAAUUAUUUUCACCAGAUGCCCAUAGUAUACAGCUCUCAAAACUGUUACCGCUCCACGCUAGCAAUAUAUCAUCUUCUAUGGCGAUAUCGAAUCAUUUACAAGAUGCAAACCCGAAACCAAUGUUAAAUCAUAAAUUUAUUUGUCUAUUUCAUCAAUCCAUGACGAAUAAACGUCAAUCGGUGUUGUCAAAUUAUUACUUCUACACUUGUACUUUGCUUCGCAUAGCGUACAGUACGCAACUCCUAUUCCUGUGCUACGUUCCACUGUGCACCUCACAGCCUGCUCGUUGUUACAUCGGGGACAGUUAAAACGUGUUUCCAUUCUGAAUCUGGACUUCAAUGAUUUGAUCUGUGAUCUUCUCGUUUUUUUGCGACCCAUAAAGGGGGUGCAAAUUACUUGUGAUACUUUGCGAUCAGCAAAAGCCUGGCUCCUUUAAGUCCUUGGUAUCACGAAAUAGUUAGCUGAUUAGUAACAAGGACGCAUCAGAACAGGUAUUUUGAUAUUAAAAGUCCGU